AUGGACUCUUCUCCUCGUGAUUCUGUUACAACCACCACCAAUUCUGCCAUCUCUCUAGGUCGCUCGAAAACCGAUGAAGCGAAUGUUGCCUUCGGAAACAAGAAUGUCUCUUCGAGCACUGGUAAUAUGUCACAUUUUCUUGGUCGCGCGCCAAAACAUACAUCUCUAACCAGUACUACUUCAUCCAACGACGUUUCGCCAUUUGUUGUUCGUAUUUCCUCUCUUCAGGAUUGUAAAUCAAAUCGUUCUCACUCCUCUUUGACCAUAAUGACAGAUGACUCGAGCUCAGAAAGUGGAAACUCUAGAAAUUCCUCAUGUUCCAAAUAUAUAAGAGAGAAUGUUAAGGUGCCACUCGAAAUGUUGGAUUCCAUGAUUGUUCAUCCGAGUGGUCAUUCAGUGUUGCAACUCAGCGCCAAGCAUCGUGUCAUGUUGGUCUUUAUCAAAUGGUUUGGAUGUCCAUUGUGUCAAAGCGUCGUUGAUGAGUUACAAAAGUACUUGUCGAGUUUUUUGCUGUUAAAUAUUGUUCCUGUGGCGUGUCAUCAGGAAGAUCCAGAUAAAUUCUCAAAAUACAUUGCACAUACUCAAAUCAUGCAUUGUUCCGUUACGAAUGAAAUGAAGAAAGGGUUUAUGGUCCAGAGAGCUUCCUUACUUCGUCACGCCAUGAUGAUGCCUACCUUAUUUGCAUAUAUGGCCAAACAUAAGAAGAAAUUCUUUCUUCCCUCUCGAAAGGAAAUGAAACAGAUGGACAUGCUGUCUUCUUUUGGAAUGUACAUGGUUUUUAAGGGAGAGGUCUGUAAUAGUUUCAGCUCUGAAAAGUUAAAUGAAAGACCAGAUUACGGAAGUUACAUUUUCCAGCUCGAAGAAGAAGAGCUCUUGUUUAAGGAACAAACACCUGAAGAAUUCAUUCCUGAUAUGUUAAAACUAUUUCCAACCAUGAAAGAAAUUUUGAGAAAAGUUAGAGUGGAAAGAACCAUGAAUGUCCCUAACCUCAAUAUUGAAAAUAUUGCAACUAAUAACAAUGUCGAUACCGAUCAAAUCACGUUGAAGAUGGUACUGGAAAAUGCAUCCAUGAGAAGAUUCUUCAAGGCAUUCCUCGCCAACUCAUUAUGUUUGGAAUCAUUAAUCUUCUAUGAACAAGUGACACUAUAUAAGAUAUUGUGUGAUCAAGAACAAUACUUUGUGAACUCGCAUUGUAAAUUAACCAACCAAUCAAAUACAGCAUCAAGAGGAGCUGUAUCAAUUCUUUCAGAUAUUGAAAAUUAUAUGGAACUGAAAAGAAGAACUGAACAAAAGGCCAAGUAUAUCAUCGAGACAUUUCUAGAAGAUCAAUCCAUGUUUCUGAUCAACACGAGUAAGAAAAUCAUUUCGAGAGUGAAAACAACAAUUGAAGAUUGUGGCUAUACAGAAGCGUUGUUUGAUGAAAUUGUGAAAGAUCUUGUACAGAAUGUUCUAAAGCACAAUUUUGAAGAAUUUGUCACUAGCAAAAUAUUUGAAGACAUGAAAACUAGAUUAAGAAAUAAAUAG